CUUUAUAAGCAAGCCCGUCUCUUCUUCCACCUCGGCUCUCGCAGCGGAAGCAGAAGCAGCAGCAGCAGCAUCAGUGGACGUCGGCGUCUGUCUCGUCGCGGCGGCAUCCCCACGAACCCAAGCCUAGCCUCCGGGUCCCGGCUCCACCCGCGGGCGUGGUUAGUUGGCGGUUGGAUUCGAUGGCGGUGGCGUCGCGGCUGGCGCUCGCGCGGGUGCCGCCGGAUGGCGCGUGCCCCGCUUCGGGAAGGAGGGGGCGCCCGGGGUUCGCGGUGGUUGGGCUCCCGGCGGCCGCGAGGAGGGGGAGGAGGCGCGGCGGGGCCAUCGCGGCGAGCCCCCCGACGGAGGAGGCGGUGCAGAUAACGGAGCCGCUCACCAAGGAGGACCUCGUCGCGUACCUCGUCUCCGGUUGCAAGCCCAGGGAGAAUUGGAGAAUCGGCACAGAGCAUGAGAAGUUUGGUUUUGAAGUUGAAACAUUGCGCCCUAUGAAAUAUGAUCAGAUCCGUGACUUACUGAAUGGGCUCGCUGAGAGAUUUGAUUGGGACAAGAUAAUGGAAGAAAACUAUGUUAUCGGGCUCAAGCAGGGAAAGCAAAGCAUAUCGCUAGAACCUGGUGGCCAGUUUGAACUUAGUGGUGCCCCUCUUGAAACAUUACAUCAAACUUGUGCUGAAGUCAAUUCACAUCUUUAUCAGGUCAAAGCAGUUGGAGAGGAAAUGGGGAUAGGAUUUCUUGGAAUUGGUUUUCAGCCGAAGUGGGCGCUGAGUGAUAUACCAAUAAUGCCCAAGGGAAGAUACGAAAUAAUGAGGAAUUACAUGCCUAAAGUUGGUUCUCUUGGCCUUGAUAUGAUGUUCCGCACAUGCACUGUUCAGGUUAAUCUUGACUUCAGUUCAGAGCAGGAUAUGAUAAGGAAAUUUCGUGUUGGCCUUGCAUUGCAGCCUAUAGCAACAGCAAUAUUUGCUAAUUCUCCCUUUAAAGAAGGAAAGCCAAAUGGGUUUCUCAGCUUAAGAAGCCAUAUCUGGACAGAUACUGAUAACAACCGCUCAGGGAUGCUUCCUUUUGUCUUCGAUGACUCAUUUGGAUUUGAGCGAUACGUGGAUUAUGCAUUAGAUGUCCCAAUGUAUUUUGUAUAUCGAAAUCAGAAGUACAUUGACUGUACCGGAAUGUCCUUUCGGGAUUUUAUGGAAGGAAAGCUCCCGCAAGCUCCUGGGGAGUUGCCAACUCUAAAUGAUUGGGAGAACCAUCUAACAACAAUUUUUCCUGAGGUUAGGUUGAAAAGAUACCUAGAGAUGAGAGGUGCUGAUGGUGGCCCAUGGAGGAGAUUGUGUGCCUUGCCUGCAUUUUGGGUGGGGCUGUUAUAUGACGAGGAAUCAUUACAAAGCAUUUUGGACAUGACUUUUGAUUGGACAAGGGAAGAAAGGGAGAUGCUAAGACAGAAGGUACCGUUGACUGGUUUGAAGACACCAUUUCGUGAUGGAUAUGUAAGAGAUUUAGCUGAAGAUGUUCUGAAAUUAGCCAAGAGUGGAUUAGAAAGACGAGGAUACAAGGAGGUUGGUUUCUUGAGAGAGGUCGAUGAAGUGGUGAGAACAGGAAUGACACCUGCUGAGAUACUUCUGAAUCAGUACGAGACUAAGUGGCAACGCAGCGUGGACCCUGUUUUUCAGGAGUUACUAUACUGAUGAUGUCGAGAAUGCUGGACAGAGUUUGUAGAUGUACUCCAAUACAGAAUCCCUUGUUCAUCCCUUUCAACGCCUGGGAAGCUAAUGCCUGUCGUUAACGCUCAGCAGAUUACUGCCUGACGGGAAACCGACAACCGGUGUUAUGGCUACAAAUCUACAAUAACCUCGCUCGGAUCACUGGGACGGAACAAACAAUUGUUUGUUCUGAGAUAAAUGUUGUAUGAAAGUAAACCAUCUGCUGUACGAUGGGAGCAAUCUGUUUGUUUUUCUUUCACAAAUGCUGGGAUGUAUAACAUGGGUGUGCUACAUUCGCAUCGAACAUGAACUAAUGACAAUAAUCCUUUCUCUCCA